AUGGCUUAUUCAUCACCAAAUUUUAAUGAUGUAAGUGAGCAAAACUCAAGUAACCGUAGGUCAAUUUUGCCUAAUCGUUUAUCCCAUCAACCAAAUUGUCAUUGUUUUGACCAUGAUGUCAAUGAAACAUAUGGAAGACCGCAAUAUAAUGAAGAUCCUUCAGUCGUUUUUAGAAAACAAGGAACCAAUCGUACUGAAGGCACAGCAAGAUGUAUGAAUGGCAUAUACAAAGCCAAAAGGGUACCUAUAGAUGAUCGAACAUGUUGCGAUGUGCAGCCUAAUUGUCGAUCUUCGAUUGCUUCUAAUCGUUCUCGAGAUUGUAAUCGACAAAUGAAUUGUUGCGAAAGAACACGAAAUUUACCCAACGUUUAUCCUACACCAAAUCGAAUUCGUGUUAAACCACGUACAUGUGUGAUAGAUAUUAGUAUAACAUGCAAUGGUGGUCGUGGUAAUGCACCAGUAACAAUUAAAACAAAUGAAAUACCAACAAGGCUCCCACUUACAAAUUCAAAAGCAACAAUCGAAAAUCCUGGUUACAUUGAUUUAGACUUGCGUUCACCAGGACAUACUGCUGAACUAAAAACAGAUGGUAUUAUACGUAAUCAAUGA